ACUACUGCCAGUGAUGACGACGAUGGCACCUACGGUAAUGCAAUCACGCCUACCUCGACAGCUCUGAUUUGCUGUAUUAAAAUAUUUCCUUCAUCACGAAAGUUAAAAAUACAUACAGACAUAACGUAAAUAUAUUUUUCUAUUGUUGUUAUCCUUUUAUAAAAGAGAAAGUAAUUGGCGACGAGAGUUGAAGAGUUGGUGAUUGCAGUGACAAGGGGGGGUAAUGCAAGCUGACUUGCUGCUGGUCAGUGCUCGUUAAUUAACAAAAUGGCUACCGCCGAGCUGGUACAAUUAAUAGAGGAGGAAAUUCCGGAGGGCAAACAGCACCUCCAGGAAAGUUAUACCAACCUCAAUAGAGUUGCAGAAUAUUGCGAAGGAAAUUAUCAUCAAUCUGAUGACAAAGUUAAAGCUCUUGAAGAAACCAAAAACUACACAACUCACUCCCUUGCCAGUGUAGCCUACCAAAUCAACAAUUUAGCCGCCAGCUUUUUGAAACUGAUGGACCUGCAACAGGGCCAACUUGUUGAGAUGGAGUCAAACGUUAACCAUCUAGCACAGAUGGUUAUGAUUCACAAAGAAAAAGUUGCUCGGAGGGAAAUUGGUGUUCUGACUGCAAACCGCAACGCUACUCGUCCGCCCGGUGUAAAGAAUGGAAUCAUAUUUCCAGAGCAAGUAGAACGUCCUAUGAAAUAUAUUGCCAAACCUAUAGACUAUGGUACUUUAGAUGACAUUGGACAUGGCAUGAAGGUGCAGACUUUGAAUCCACGGUCAGGUCGUAGUGCUUCUAUGAGCAGUGGGACUUCCACUCAAGCCCCUACAUCCAAACCACCAACCCCACCAACAGUCCGUGCAUGUGGUACGCUAGGUCGGUCACAGGGUGCUUCCCACUACCGUACUCCAGCCCCGCCGGUGGCGCCUCCGUCUGUGCCCUCCCAUUAUGCUCCCAACUAUGCUAUGCAAGGUGGUGGGGGAGGUGGAGGCCGUGGAAGUGGUGGAGGCCGUGGCGGAAGAGAUGGGAGUGGGUAUGCAGCCACAUCUGCUGUCAUGAGUGGUGGUCAGGGUCAAACGGCUCCACCUGUGGGUAUGACACGGCCAAUGCCAACUCCCCAAACAGCAAGUGGUGGUCACACUCCUUCUUCUCCCAACAUGGCACAAGGAAUUCACAUACCCCCUCAAAUGCUGCCUCAGGGAGCAAUAGACCUGCCACCACCACCACCACCACCAAAUUUAGAAGAUGACGUAGUAUUUGAAGGUCUUAAAUUAAUCUCCUUUCCCUCUGCCCUUUUCUUUUUUCUCUUCCCAUUUGCAGCUUUUCCUAACUCAAAAGUCCUUCCAAACCUCUCUAUUCUUUUACCUUUUUUUUUUUAUUAUUCUCUUAGGUCAUGUCUUCUAUGUACAUUUUGUCCUCUUGCAGCUCUUAGUAUAUAAAAAUCAACCAUUCUU